GUUUCACUUUCCUAGCCUAGAUACUUUCAUUGGCAAAGUCAAACUCAGAGAGUACCAAAACAUGCAGCAAAUGAUGGAGCAAAGCAAUACUCAGUUCUCUGAGACUACUCAGAGGCUGAGAGACAAGAAGGUUGUGGACAUGAUGCCAAACAAGAGGAGGCUGGUGGAGGUUCCGUACACGGCGACUCUGGCUCACACCAUGAACGCAUUGGUGGCCAACCAGGUGCUGGCGGUGCCCGUGGCGGCCCCUCCGGGUCAUUGGAUUGGAGCAGGCGGCUCGAUGAUUGUGGAAGCUGACAGGCAAACCGGGGCUGUGCGGAAGCACUAUAUAGGGAUGGCAACCAUGCUUGAUAUCCUGGCUCAUAUUGCAGGAAAUGAUGGAGAUCAAUUGAUGGUUGAUGAGGGAGGGAUUCAUGAUGGGGGGUUUGAUCUAGAGCAUAAGAUGUCUGUCCCCGUUUCUUCGAUUAUUGGGCAUUGCCUCGAGGGUUUAAGCUUGUGGACUCUAAACCCCAACACAAGACUUUUUAACUCCCGUGUGCUCAGCAUCAUAGACUGUAUGGAAGUUUUUAGCAAAGGAAUACACCGUGCUUUGGUACCACUAGACAGCCACAUGAACAACGUCUCUGGAGUUGAACUUGUGGAGUCUGCUUCCAGCUAUCGAAUGCUAACACAAAUGGAUGUCCUAAGGUUCCUGAAGGAACAUGCUGAAGCUAGCACUGAACUGAAUGGCAUUCUGUCACGCACCGUUUCUGAAUUGGGGGCUGUGACAGAGAGGGUUUAUGCAAUUACUGAUCGCACCAAGGUUAUAGAUGCCAUCAAGUGCAUGCGAAUUGCUUUGCUAAACGCUGUUCCGAUAGUUAGUUCCUCCCCUGCCAACGAAGAUGACCACAAGCAGCUUGUAAAUGGAAGGGGCAGGCAGGUAUUGGGCACAUUUUCUGCAACAGAUAUAAGGGGAUGCCACUUGUCAACACUGAAAACAUGGUUACCCAUAAGCGCACUGGAGUACACAGAGACAAUUUCAGCCAGCCCCUUAUUAUCAAGCAAUCCUAAUGCGGUCGAGAGUGCAAGAGAACUUGUGGCGUGUCGAGUUGACUCGACACUGGCUGAAGUAAUCGACAAGGUCGUCACUAAACACGUGCACAGAAUUUGGGUGGUGGAUCAACAAGGUUUGCUCAUGGGGCUUAUUUCACUCACUGAUAUAAUCCGAGUGUUGAGGCACGCCGUGAUGUCUGAAACCUCUUGAAGUUGUUAAUGUUAUAUAUCUGUUUGGGAAGUUUUGGUCCUGUGCGCUGUUUCGAGCUCGUUUGUGUGCAUGUAAAUGUUAUUUCAGUUCGACAUGUACUUAGUUUUGCAACUCUGUUUUCACUAGCCAAGUAAUAUGCUGGCGACUGUCUUUUUGUUGGCCAAGUAAACACUAAUAAGGCCAUUUUCCUUGUGGAAAGUAAAAAUAAGAUUGGUCUGCGAAUUCUAUAUGCCCUAGAUAUACAGCCCUAGAAUUUUAGACCUAAAUGAUUGUGAUUAUAAGUACCGACACAGGAGGAAAUUCGCAAGCCAAAGCUCAUGAAGAGCGCAUCAAGAACUUGGUCAUGGCUAGCUCUGGUUGAUUUUGUUGGAAAUUCUGGAGAUGGAUGAUGCUUUGAGUAAGAACUUGUAGGUUGAGGCGUGUGUUACAUUACCUUUAAGACUAGAUGUUCGUCCUUUGGAGGUUAUAUCUCAGUGUAGCAAGUGUUGACGCCUACCCUUCAGGGUACAACAACCUUGAUCCUUGUAGGUGUACACUCACAGUACUUGGAUUGUAUCGAACAACUUGAAAA